UGUCAAUUUAAUUAACACACAUGACACGAAGUGUUUUUAAAUCUACCUUUUCUAAUUGUUCACAAAUAUUUAUUCACUUGAAUUCAAUUUUACUUAUAUCGUGACAAAUCAAAACCGCAGUCGCACCUACAAUAAUACAUGCAGAGUAAAACCCGAAAAUCAUAUGACCCCCUAUGAGCAAGCACUUUGGCGAACGUGGGAAGGAAAAACUAUUAGGAGUUGGUGGUAUGUGUGUUGGUAUUUCUGGGGUUUGUUUUCCUUUUUCGGCACAGGUAGGCGGGGGGCGGUGUUUGACUGCAUGCCGGCACACCUGCGGCGCAUCGGACGUCAUCAGUGGGAGCAUUUAGGGAGCUGAGUGAUGGACGUCUGAUGUCGGAUUAUUGUCGUUCCCACAAGUGCCUGUCUCGCCGCCUGCUCGCCUGCCUGUUUCUUUGUGCGCUGGCCCAUUUUUGGAUCUAUGACAGAGACUUACCUGGCGCUGGCCUGCGAUCGUUGUUACUCCUGUAUCCUGGUGUUUCAAGUAGCUCUGGUUUGCUCAUCUAUCUGUCUGCAUACCUUGGCUCCGUUCCAUUCCCCCUCGGCUCUGUUUAUUUGCACAUUUACAAUGAUCAUAACUACACCUGUAAAUAGAAAAGGUCAAGGUGAUGACAGACAUCUUCAAUACAAUAUGAACCCUGUAAGAAAUAUUACUAAUAGAAUAAUGCUGUAAAAUGUUAUUAAUGCAAUUAUAAUAAUGCAGGUUAUAUGGCAGCAAUAAAAGAAUUUCUGAAUCUCCACACUUUACUAAAGCUAUUUUUUGUGCUGUGAUGGGCUCUUUCCGACAGAAAAUGGAGCAAGUGCAAUCAUAUAAAUAUCUUGGGACCAUAAUCAAUGAAAAACUGAACUUUGAUGAGAAUUGCAAAUCGGCCUGUAAAAAGGGUCACCAGCGCCUUUACUGCCUCAGGAAACUUGCUCAUUUCCACAAUGACUGAAAAAUUUUAACUUUGUUUUAUCGUUCUUUUAUUGAGUUUGUUUUAUCUUUUUGUUUGGUAACAUGAUUUGGUCAGACCUCUGUCACAGAGAAAAACUCACUGAAUCAGAUGGUGAGAUGGUCCAGUUCUCUGAUAGGUGAGUAAUAGUCCUGUUUAGCCUCCCUGUACUCUACACAGGUACAACAGAUGGCUUAAUCAAUUCUUAAAAAUGGUUACCAUCCUGUACGGGGUGAAUUUCAGCUUCUUUCCCCAGGAAGGAGGUUCCUAUUUCCAAGAUGUAGGACAAAGCAUUAUAAAAACAGCUUGGUCCCGGUUGCUGUCACUGAACUAAAUAAGAUGUGUCUUUUAUUUGAUUCAUAUUGUUCAAGUACUAUAUAUGUGUUUUUGUGAGGUUUUAACUAGGAAUGUGUUUGUGAAGGGAUGCCAAAUGCUAUAAUUUUUCUGCAAAGCAAAUUAGCUAUGGGUAUAAACAAAGUAACCUUAACCUCAAGGUCAGCUAAAAACAACUUUCACUAACACACUGAGUUUUUCUUUGAUCUGUAGUCAAACCAGUUUAAAGUGUCACUACAAUAGAAACAUAAUUUUAAUGCUUCACUCAGUAACAGGACAGAAAGCCUCCAACAAACAUUUUUACAUGUUUCUAAAUUGCAAAAUUGAGAAUUUCUGACAUUGCUUAAUCCCUGGUUCCCCACAAGCACCUCCCUUCCUGCUCUUCCUGUUUCCCUUCUCUUUGCUGAUCUCCGUGUCAGACGACCGUCUUCAGCACAAACAGCACAGAUCUGCCGGACUCACAGCUGGACCAACGAGGCAGACUGGAAUCAGACCAGCAGCAGAAAGAUGAUGAAAGAACCUGUAGAAGAACCACCAACUAAAGCAGCUUCUACAGCAGAAGAGGAGCUUGCCAGGGUGCGGUCAGCUUUUGUUUGGAGGGUGUCAACAGAAAUCCUUAAACAGCUCCUUGAGGCCCUUGUAAGUGACGGUGUCUUAAAUGAAUUGGAGAAAGAAUCAAUACUGGAAGGGAACCCAGUCAGAGCAGAUAAGGCACGUUGCUUCAUUGAUACAGUGAGGAAGAAAGGGGACAAAGCCAGCAGGAUAAUGGUCAGACAUCUUCAGACUAUAGAUCUCUCCCUUUUCUCUCAGCUGCGUUUAUACUCUGAUCCAUCUGCUCAAAAAGAGGCUCUUCAAAGUUGUCAGCCUCUGCUUAAAUCUAAGUUGAAGAAGAAGUUCCAGUGUGUGUUUGAGGGGAUUGCUAAAGCAGGAAACCCAACCCUUCUGAAUAAGAUCUACACAAAGCUCUACAUCACAGAGGGAGGGACUGCAGAGAUCAAUGAUGAACAUGAGGUCAGACAGAUUGAAACUGCAUCCAGGAAAUCAGAUAGACCAGAAACCAGAGUCAGACAAGAAGACAUGUUUAAAGAUUCACCUGGAAGAGAUGAACCAAUCAGAACAGUGCUGACAAAUGGAGUGGCUGGCAUUGGGAAAACAGUUUUAACUCAGAAGUUCACUCUGGACUGGGCUGAAGACAAAGCCAACCAGGACAUCCAGUUCAUAUUUCCAUUUACUUUCAGAGAGCUGAAUGUGCUGAAAGAGGAAAAGUUCAGCUUGGUGGAACUUGUUCAUCACUUCUUUACUGAAACCAAAGAAGGAGGAAUCAGCAGCAUUGAAGACUUCCAGGUUGUGUUCAUCUUUGAUGGUCUGGAUGAGUGUCGACUUCCUCUGGACUUCCACAAAACUACAAUCCUAACUGACCCUAGAAAGUCCACCUCAGUGGAUGUGCUGCUAAUAAAUCUCAUCAGGGGGAACCUGCUUCCCUCUGCUCGCCUCUGGAUAACCACACGACCUGCAGCAGCCAAUCAAAUCCCUCCUGACUGUGUUUCCAUGGUAACAGAGGUCAGAGGAUUCACUGACCUGCAGAAGGAGUACUACUUCAGGAAGAGAUUCAGAGAUGAGGAGCAGGCCAGCAGGCUCAUCUCCCACAUCAAGACAUCACGAAGCCUCCACAUCAUGUGCCACAUCCCAGUCUUCUGCUGGAUCACUGCUACAGUUCUGGAGGAUGUGCUGAAAACCAGAACGGGAGGACAGCUGCCCAAGACCCUGACUGAGAUGUACAUCCACUUCCUGGUGGUUCAGGCCAAAGUGAAGAAGGUCAAGUAUGAUGAAGGAGCUGAGACAGAUCCACACUGGAGUCCAGAGAGCAGGAAGAUGAUUGAUUCUCUGGGAAAACUGGCUUUUGAUCAGCUGCAGAAAGGAAACCUGAUCUUCUAUGAAUCAGACCUGGCAGAGUGUGGCAUCGAUAUCAGAGCAGCCUCAGUGUACUCAGGAGUGUUCACACAGAUCUUUAAAGAGGAGAGUGGACUGUACCAGGACAAGGUGUUCUGCUUCAUCCACCUGAGUGUUCAGGAGUUUCUGGCUGCUCUUCAUGUCCAUCUGACCUUCAUCAACUCUGGACUCAAUCUGCUGAAAGAACAAACAACCUCCCAGAAGUCUGAAACGGGACAAUCUACAUUUAAGCACUUCCACCAGAGUGCUGUGGACAAAGCCUUACAGAGUCCAAAUGGACACCUGGACUUGUUCCUCCGCUUCCUCCUGGGUCUUUCACUAGAGAACAGUCAGAUUCUCCUACGAGGAAUGCUCACACAGACAGGAAGAAACUUACAGAGCAGUCAGGAAACAGUCCAGUACAUCAAGAAGAAGCUCAGUGAGAAUCUAUCUGCAGAGAAAAGCAUCAAUCUGUUCCACUGUCUGAAUGAACUGAAUGACAGUUCUUUAGUGGAGGAGAUCCAACAGUGUCUGACUUCAGGAAGUCUCUCCACGGAAAAACUUUCUCCUGCUCAGUGGUCAGCUCUGGUCUUCAUUUUACUGUCAUCAGAAAAAGAUCUGGAUGUGUUUGACCUGAAGAAUUACUCUGCUUCAGAGGAAGCUUUUCUAAAACUCCUACCGGUGAUCAAAGCCUCCAACAAAGCUUUGCUGAGCAUCUGUGAACUUUCAGAGAGAAGCUGUAGAGCUCUGUCCUCAGUUCUCACCUCCCAGUCCUCAAGCCUGAGAGAGCUGGACCUGAGUAACAAUAGCUUGGAGGAUUCCGGAGUGAAGCUUCUGUCUGAAGCAAUGGAGAGUCCACAUUGUAAACUGAGAACUCUGAGACUGAGUCUUUUUAACCUCUCAUUGAGAAGCUCUGACAGUCUUUCUGCUGGACUGCAAAAUCUGAACUGCAAGCUGACUAGUCUGAGACUGAGCGCCUGUAACCUCUCAGAGAGAAGCUAUGAAGCUCUGUCCUCGUUUCUUAGCUCCCGGUCCUCUAGUCUGAGAGAGCUGGACCUGAGUAACAACAACGUGCAUGAUUCAGGCGUGAAGCUUCUGUCUGGCGCAGUGGAGACUCCACAAUGUAGACUUAAAACUCUCAGUCUGUCAGGCUGUUUGGUCACAGCAGACGGCUGUACUUUUCUGGCCUCAGCUCUGAGCUCCAACCCCUCCCAUCUGAAAGAGCUAGACCUGAGCUACAAUCAUCCAGGAGACUCAGGAAUAAAGCUGCUGUCGUCUGGACUGAAGAAUCCACGCUGGAGACUCAAGACUCUCAGGGUGGAGCCUGCUGGAGUCCGAUGGUUAAAACCAGGUCUGAGGAAGUCGAGUCCUGCAUUUAGGUCCCCUCUUCUCUCUCACCACACCACACCAUGAUGCUGACAGAAUGACGAGACUCGUGCUGCGAAGACACGAUAUGAACGCAGUGGACCUCGAAUUAUACCAGUCACAGCAGGCCGCUUUCUUCUUUCUGGAAAGAAAGCUGGAGGUUAAUCUGUCGCUUAUGCUCCAACAUGAGCAUGUCUUUGAGGGGACUCAUCUGGCUCUGGAGAGUCCUUGAAGGCACUGCAGUCCUCCACCUGCUGCCUCGCCUGCACGCAAGCCUUAGUCAUGGGGAAUGGGCGUCAGCCGCUGACCUCCGGCUGCUCGGUCCUCAUGCGUCCACCUACUGCCUCACUCACCAGCACUCCCACCUUGUCGUGGCAAAGCAGCUCCGCCUCCCAUCUCAUCCUGAUGGAGGUUACAUCAUUCAGCAGGUCUGCUGUUUCUGUCAAGAGGAGGCAAAGCUCCCGCUGCUGCCGCUGCUCUCGCAAGCAGCAAUAUCUGGUGGUGAGUGAGUCAGACAUUUUUCCUCGUUUUCACCAUGAGCCAAAGACUCCUCCUCACCAUAGACCAAAUACCGUUUAUUCUACUAAAAAAGCCAGUGAUUGGUUAUUGUCAACCUGUGGUGGACUGUCAAAAAAUUUUUAAUUACCACCCUGCACCCAUAAAACUGUUUUGCCCUUUUAGGCUUCACAAAGGACAUUCUUAAGUCCAGAUCUGAUCACUUCUCUCAUCCUGUCUCCAUGCCAAGACCUGUCUCCCAGCCCCAAGACCUGUCUCUCAGCCUGCUCCUGUUCACAGUGCCGUUAGGGCCCAGCCAGUCCCUGUACCACUCCCCGGGCAGAUAGCGCUCAGCAUUUCCCCACACCCUUGCCAGUUCCUCGGGUAGGGGCAACUGACGUCCAGCUGUCACCCAUGCCUGCUCCCAGGGCAAGGACAGCUGAGACCCAGUCCACUCCAGCACCCAUACCUGUUCCCCGGGCUUGGGUGACUGAUGUCCAGCCAGCUCCUGCACCUGUCCCUGCACCUAAGGUGAGGGAAGCCACUCAACCCAUCCCUGCAUCCAUACUUGUUUCUCGAGUUGGGACGGCUAGGGUCUGGCCAAUUCCUCCACCUGUUCAGGUGCCAAGUCUCCACCAGAGGUUUCCCACCUGCGGGUCCUGCUUUUUCUCCACUGGAGAGCUUUGCCAAACCAUGCCACCAGCAACCUUCCCACCUGUUAAAGGUGUCCCAUCACCUCUGCUGGUCCACAGUGGAGAAUCAUGGGUGCUGCCGUUGGCCACACGACCACCCACCUGAACUGAUUUUUCUUUGGCACUGGCCACACAGUCGCCCACUCGAACUAAUCCAUCUUACGCACUGUCCAUGCGGUCAUCCACCCAAAUUGAGUCAUCUUAGCCACUGGCCACGCAGCCGCUCAUUUAUUUUAACUCAUUAUCCAGGAUAUUUAAGUCAUCAGUUUUCCUCAGUUACUUGUCUUGUCCUCUAAUCUGCAUGUGUGUUUUCUGGUUCAGUUCAGUCCACCACUCAUUCAGUUUCAGUCAGUUUAUGUUCUGUCCGUCCAGUCCUUGCAAUAAACACCAUCCACAUCCUCAAUCUGGCUGCAAGUCCUGCAUUUGGGUCCUCUCUUCUCUCUCACCACACCGCAACACUGACAUCUUCAAACUGUCACAUCACUGAUUUACAUCUCCGAUGUCAGUAGUCAUCAUCAAAGUGUUAAUCAAUGAACAGAUGAUGGAUCAAUAACUGCAGCUGGAUUGUGUUUGUUCUCUCCAUCAGAUUCCUGUCAACUCGCAAUCGACACAAACACAGUAAAUAGAAACCUCAAACUGUCUGACAACAACAGGAAGGUGACACAUAAUAUUAUGGAGGUUCAGUCAUAUCCUGAUCAUCCAGACAGAUUUGAUGUUUGGCCUCAGCUGCUAUGUAGUAAUGAAAUAACUGGUCGCUGUUACUGGGAGGUCGAGUGGAAAGGAAACAUUUCUAUAUCAGUGAGUUACAGAAGAAUCGGAAGGAAAGGAAACAAUGAUGACUGUUGGUUUGGACUCAAUGAUCAUUCCUGGAGUCUGCACUGCACUGAUGGUGGUCCUCAGUUUGUCUGUCACAAUUGCAGAUCCACAACCAUCCCCCCCUCCUCUUCCUACUCCUCCUCUGUCUCUAACAGAGUAGCAGUGUAUGUGGACUGUCCUGCUGGCACUUUGUCCUUCUAUAAAGUCUCAUCUGGCACUCUGAUCCGCCUCCACACCUUCAACACCACAUUCACUGAACCUGUUUAUCCUGGAUUUUUAUUGUCUUUUCAUGGUGCCUCAGUGUGUCUGUGCUGAGUUGAGUGUAAAGAGUGUCCUCCUGUUAGAGAAAUACUCUGACUGUUGAACAGAUCAGUCUGUACAUGUCUGUGUCUUUGACUCAGAAAUGCAUUUUAAGGUUAAUGGAUUCAAUGAGUUGAUGUUUUAAACUGUUCUAAAUGAUUCCUUGUAAACUUCUUCCUCUUCACUCCUUUAAAGAUGAAAGCUACAAUUAUUCCAGGAUCCAUUUUUAGGAAUAUUUUAAUAUGCCUGAAUAGCACUGCAUAUGCUGUGUUUUCACCUUAGUUUGAAUAAAACAUGAAAACUAUCACAAAGGGCCGUGGAGUAGAAUCUGGUGGAUUUUGGUGAUAUACAUUAGAUUUGUUUUGAUGCUAAUUUUUUUUUAAAGCUGUUUCUUUGUUAUGAUAUCAGAUCUGAAUUUUAUAAAAUGCUGCAUCAAAAACAAA